GACCGGUGCGUCCGUGCCAAACGGCUCCGAAGCUCGCGGGGCGGGAUGAGAGGAGAACCCGGCGGAUCCGCAGAGUCCAGAGAAAGACGACGGAAGAGGAGUACGCGGCUCGGCGGUGACUGGUAGUUCGAGGUGGGCCAUGCCCGGACAGUGAGAGGCCCGCGGGCCCCUGCAGAGCGUCCGGGCCCGGAGAAGUCCCGGGAGGAGCCGGCUUCGGGAUGCCUUCCGCCCCGAGCGCCCGCUGAUCCGCCCAGAGCCGCGCUCGUUUCCGUGCUGCAGCAUCCGAGAGGAGCCGUGCGCGCCCGCGCCGCGCGCUCCGGGUCACCAUGAGCCUGGUGUCGGGCUUCCCGCACCACCCGGUCGUGCACCACCACGACACGCACCACUACUCCCUGCACGCCGCGGCCGGACGCUGUCACGAGGACACCGGCGCGCCCCCGUACUUCACGAGCUGGCUGAUCAGCCACGCGGACGUGUCCCCCUCUGACUACAGCCUCGCGCCGGGAUACAGUCCGGAGUACCACGGGAGCGGCGGCGGCGGCGGCGGCGGCUCCGGCGGCGGCCUGGACCCGCACCACCACCACCACCACCACCACUACGGCCCCGGCGGCCUGGUCCCGGGGCCCGGCGCGCUGUCCGUGAACGGGGCCGCGGUAGGCAUGCACCACCACCACCACCACGCGCACCCCCGCACCGUGAAGCGGAGGCCCACGGCGAACCGCAAGGAGCGGCGGCGGACCCAGAGCAUCAACUCGGCCUUCGCGGAGCUGCGGGAGUGCAUCCCCAACGUGCCCGCGGACACCAAGCUGUCCAAGAUCAAGACUCUGCGCCUGGCCACCAGCUACAUCUCCUACCUGAUGGACAUCCUGGACAAGGACGGACAGCACGGGGACACGCAGGCCUUCAAGGCCGAGCUGAAGAAGACGGAGGCUCGCGAGGAGCGCAGGAAGAGAGAGGCGGUGGAGAUCCCGAAGACAACUUCAUCUUCGUCUUCAUCUUCGUCCUCCUCGUCGUCGGGCGAUAAGAAGAGCAAAGGCCGGACUGGAUGGCCGCAGCACGUCUGGGCUCUGGAGCUCAAGCAGUAGUGACUCCUCCGUCCCCCGUCCCUCCGUCCCUCCGUCCUCCCUCCACCCCGCGGGCUGGAGGCGCGCCUCGGCCCGUGAGGACAGCGGCGGCGGCGGCGGCGGGGCCGCGCUCUGCGCUCCCACGAUGAAGAACUGUGGCACAGUCUUCCUCUGUCGGCCCGACCGGAGCCGGCCCGGGGAGCCGGCCGCCGGCAGCCGGGCCCGGUGCACUCGGCGCGGGUCUGUUAGUCACGGUGAGGCGGGAAGGAGGCCGGGCUCCGCGGUGGGAACAGAACCGAGGAGCAGUUUGUGCGUAAUGACGCAUCAAGCCGAAAACACGAGGAACACACCGCGGCGACAACAGUCACAAUUAUUACAAUAUACAAAGAUCAGAGGGCUCCAACCAAUGGUCCGCGAACCCGAGAGUGUCCGCGGGAAGCCCCAGCGCGCGGACCCUGGUGAGAUUUUAAUUUAAUUAAAGAUAAAUUAAAACGCCUUCAACAGAAACGGAAAGAAAUGAACAGAUGAUUCAGAACACACAGCUCCUGUUUUUCAGCACUAAUAUUUGAAACCAAAUGUUCUCUUUCACCCUUGGGAUGUUUUUUUAUUCGUCCUUAGAAGCUCUCGGGCAGUACUGGAGUUAAAAUAAAAACAGGACCAUGAUUAAUUCAGAUACUUCAGUGUUGAAUCCACGAGGUCCAAUUUAACAUGACUAAUAAUUUAAAAUCCAAGAUCCCCCUCAGUCUGUUCAUGAAAAAGAAACCUUAAACUCAUUUUACAAUUCUAACUGAAUGAUUACAAACUGUACUCAAUUACAAUUAAAUGUUUUUGAAUUUUUAAUUUCAAUUAAAAAAAGCUGCUAAAUGAAGUAAGUAAGUUUUAAUGGAACUUUUUACCCGUUGGCUCUUUUUGUCUUCUUCAUUUGAAUCAUCAAGUUUUUAAAACAAAUUUAAUUCAAACAAUAAAUUUGGCCCCAUGGUAAAAACAGUGUGAAAAUAAAACCGGGUUUCAUCUGUUAGAAGCAUAAAUUCACAGACUUUGCAGGUAAGAAUAUUUAUUUAAAUUGUGGGUUAAAUUUAAUUAAAAAGCCAAGUAGAUUUCAAUUUUAAAAAUGUCCUGUUUGAAAAAGAGCUCUGUGAUUUCAGAGUAGCUCACACUUACUUUAAUUUGCAGCUUUAUGGUUUUGAAAAAGUAUCGAGUUGAAACAAGGCGCAGAGAGAAGAAACCAUGUUUGAUCCCGUUAUGUUUCUCCACAUUCCAGCUCCUCCUUCAAAUCCAGAGGCCAAAGAAAUCUGGUUCAUGAAACUAAAGUCAGGAACAUGAGUCAGAGUGUCUGGAGUCGGGUUCCACGGUGUGUUCUCGCUGUUUUUACACUGUUUUUACAGUGUACUCCCGGUGUGUUUUCAUGGUGUGCAACUGCUCAAACCAUUCUCAGCUAUGUUCUCACGCAGAGCGGGGUUGCAUUGUGACCCAGUCCAGACCCGGUCUGGUCCUGGUCCAGGUCCAGGUCCAGACCAGGUCCGGUCCAGGUCAAGACCCGGUCUGGUCUGGGUCUACCAAAGUCCCACAUGCCUCCAUCUGCCUCCCCAUCAAUCCUUUCCAUGCCUCACUGCGCCCUCUCUGUCACACACACACACACACACACACACACACACAGACACACACACACACACACACACACACACACACACACACACUCAGGGUGUGGAGGCGCUCUUGCUUUAUUUAACGGAUUAUAUUUAUGUGCAAUGUGGCCGUGAAGGAUCUGCCCCGCCGAGCGACUGACAGCGGACUGUUCCCUCUGAGAGCAGGACAUGGUGUAUGUGAAGACCAGUGUGUGCGUGUGUGUGUGUGUGUGUGUGUGUGUGUGUGUGUGUGUGUGCGUGUGUGUGUGUGUGUUAUCUGGCGGUUUGAGUUGUACAUGUCGUGCCGUCUCGGCCCAGGCGUCCCUGUUGUGGUGUGAAGCCGUGGUGGGAGUCUAAAUAAGGCGUCACGCGGGAUGUAAACAGUGUCAUGAAUCCAAUAAAGCCGACCCUGG